UUCCAGCGAGCAGCCACAGCAAGCAAUGGAUGUCCAGCCUCUCCACGCCCCUGCAUCCAUGAUCAGGCAUCCGCCGACGGUGAGCCAUCACGCCCCCACGCCGCUUUCUUUGGCCAUGCGGAAAGCGGCCGGCGUGCAUUCCAUGCCUGGCGGGCACAACUCGGCGGCCUCAGUGGCGACCCUGGGCACCACGGAGAGCGUCCCGUUGAGAAGAGUUAGAGAAAUCCUUCAGAAACGAGGCGACGAGAGGUAUGGAGGGGAUGGGCUGCCACUGGGUGAUGGGUCGUCUGCGUUGUUGCGUAAUGGCGGUUGAUUUGUGGUUUAUGUUGCGUUCGUUUGCUGCAGGACAGAGGAUGAGAUAAGGCAUGUGUUCAACUACAUGGAAUUGAAUCUCGACUGCGCGUUCCUCAAGAAGCUCGACCGCAAUGUGCGCAUCGAGUGCUGCCGGCGAUAUGCUUACGAGGCGUGCUUGGCAGGACAGAAUGUCUUCCUGGAGGGAGACGACGGAUCUACCUUCUACGUCAUCCUGCAAGGCAACGAGACGACACUAAUGCCAAGGUUUCCACACAAGUGACCGUGUCUCUGCUUUGCAGGCAGCGUGUCGGUCUACAUCGCCGACCGCACCGUCGAGGACUCAUCCCCUUCCCCGCCACCCCCAUUCAUUCGGCCAGCAAGAGACAAGAGAGUCUCCAUCACCAUGGAGCCGGUCAGCCCCAUGCAUACAUCGCAGAUGCUCGCGACACUCAAACGCAAGACCACAUCGACCGCCCUGGCCCAGUCGAGCAAAGUUAAUGGGCAGCAGACCGGACGGGACAGUUCCGAGGACAGGGCGAGCCUCAGCUGCAGUCGGCCUGCGUCAGCCAGUGGCGAGAGGGAUGCGGCGGAGCGGCCAAUGCUUUGGAGGGGGCUGACGCGAUCGAUCACCAGGAUGAUGACCAGGUCGCCCACCAUGCUCACCGAGAGCAGAAUGGGUGAGCUGGUGUCAGUGGCACCGGUGAUGUGGAUGUUUUGUUGGAUGCUGCAGACCAUCCGAGCCCCAGGAUGCGCCGAGGUCCGACCAACCCUUCGCAGAUGAAGUUGGUGGCCAAGAUGAAGGAGGGCGACGCAUUCGGGGAAAUGGCACUCCAGACAGACGGCAAAAGGUAUGCAUGCUGGCUGCUCUGCUUGCUCGUCUUCAUUGGCGAGCAGAUGAUCCUUGUUGGUUUUCUUUGUGUCGUGUCAGAAAGGCCACCAUCCAUGCCGACACUGACUGCCAGUUCGCCACACUCGAGAGAGACGACUACAAGGUCAAAACAGGAAUGCAGCGCUCUCCAGCGACGCUGUGUGGAUAUGAGGUGUUGCGUACGCAUGUGGUGCGACAUGCCAUGCAGAGCGUGUUGUCUGAGUUCAUGACCCGGCAGCAUCAGCGCAAGGUCGCCUUCCUCGCACUCGUUCCUCUCUUUGCUGAGUGGAGCCCGACCUCGCUUGACCGACUCGCCAACGCCAUAUAUACUCGCGAGUGCAAGAGAGGCGACAUCAUAUACUCUCAGGGCGACCACCCGUCAGAAAUAUUCCUCGUCAAGGAAGGCGAUUUUCAGGUCAAAAACAGAAGCAGCGACAAGACGGCGUGAAUCAAUCAGGUCUGUCUGUCUGUCUGUCUGGACAGAUGCGCAAGAGCGUCAGCCGCAAGCGGCCGUUGGAUCGUCAGCUUGAGUCAAUGCGUCGAGUGGAGAUGAAGACGCCAGGCAGGCCUCGCUCGCCAUCGCCGUCACAGGCCAAGGUGAACAAGGACGGCGAGAGGACCAAAGGAGGCGGAGCCAAGCAGCAGAUGGACACCGAUGGCAGUGUGGCGGUGGCGCUGCUUGGCAAGCCGCAGUUCUUCGGCUUUGAGGAGUAUGUGGCGGGAGGGCCGGCGAGGCCGAGGUUCUCGACAGUGCUGUGUGCAUCGGGUGGGUGAGGGAGGGACACCACAAACACAGUCCAAUGUACUGCACAUGACCUUUUUCUCAUACGGCUGGUGUCUCUGUGCGUUUGUUUGUAGGGCACGGAGAGGUGAGUGCCAGACGAUUGUGCUGAAAUGCGCCGCAAUCAAUGCAUUUUUGUCUGCAGUUGUUGUCGCUGCCCGGCAACCAGCUAAUCAGCCGUCUGGAUCUCUCUCGCAGAAGAUUUCUCGCUAACGCAAAGGAGGCAGCCCAAGACUUCAACCUGUCAGUCCGUCACAAUUUUGCAUAACACAUGCUCGCAAACCAGACAGCUUUUGUGCUUCUCUUCUUCAGGCAGCGGUGGUACCUCUUUGCGCUCAUUCAGCGUGUCGCCGACAUCGUUCAGAAGGUGGGGGCACCGGCAAAUAUCACCAGCCAAUGCAGCCACCAUCUUUGCGUCAUUCUCUCUGUCCCUUGUGCAUCCAAUCAUCCAGUACAGCCCCGCCACCCGAUUGUUUAUCACGCACUUUGUCCGUCAGAAAGGAGAGAAGAUGCAGCUGGCGUUACCACCGCCCGGGGCGAGUGAGGACGAGAGCGGCACCGGCGAUGAGGGCGAGGACAGUGAGGAGGAGCAGGGCGGCAGUGGGAAGGGUGUCCUGCUUUACGAGAGACCCACCGUGAACGAAGGGAUGAAAAGGAAGCUCAAAAGGAAGGACCGAGUGCUGCAGGUGGGAGAAAAGAAUGGAGAGUCCCCAUCGGAGAGAGACAUAUCGAUGGAUCUCAUGGAUCUCAUUCCAUGUGUGCCCAUUUGUGUCUUCAGCGGCGCCACUUUGCCCGUGUCAAGAGGUAUAAGGAAGUGGUCAACGCCAACUACCCACCGGCCUCGCGUCCACACAGCGCCGAGGCCUCUAUAGGCCCCUCGAAACUCGGCCCUCGUCAGCAAGUGCUCGAGGCCAUCAGUCCCGACCCUCGGGACCUCCAGCUGGCUACUCAACGGGUGGGUGGCGAUGAGAGGAAGCGAAAUGCGUUUGCCCCUCCUUUGCACACGUCAUGUGUUGCGCACAGCUUUCCAGCGGCGUGUCGCGUUUGCUGCCGAUCGACGAGCGGCUGAAGUUUGUGGAGCUGCCGCCAGAGUGCAACCCCGACUUCCCGGCAGGCUAUCAGGACCCCACCACAGCCGACCGCCUCCCAUCGACCAAGAUCCACGCCGUCCCCAACGGCCGUGUCCGCCUCUCAGGCGGCAAGCGGCUGCAGCUGAAAUGCGCCUUCCUCUCACUCGCUCGAGCACCCGCUGACCAAGAGAGACAGAGGUUGAGCACUGCAGAUGCCCGCCCAUACAUGGAGCAGCCAAUGAUCAGUCAUCCGCCAGUGGCUACCGCACGUCCCUCCGCUGCGAAGGAAGAGACAGAAAGGAUAGUGGGCAGGGAGGUCACUGCCGCUGCCGUCGUGAUACAGGAGGAGAAGCCAGUCCGUGUUUCGACGGAGAGGGUCGAGAGGAGGAGGGCCGCGCGGCUGCUGGAGAGAAUGGUCAAGAAGGAUGUCGUACAUUGCGCAAGAUCGCCAUUCUGGAGCUCACAAAAGCCAGGUAUGCCUCAUGCCACAUGCCACCCACGCAUGUCCGUGUCUCGGCUGUCUCUUUGUCUGUCAGCCAAGGCGCCCCCCGCCCCGGCCUUCGCCCGCUGGACGGACACGGAGGCGGCAGCGAGUCAGAGCCAGGGGCUGGGUCAGCACCCCGCCCUGUCGAUGAGCGUGACGGAUGAGUCCCCGCGGUCCAGGAUGCUGAGGGAGAAGGCACAGGAGAAAUUCUCACUCAUGAUGGGCGGAUUUGUCAUGCCGCACGCAAGGUGGGUGCCAGCCAGAGCCAGUUGUGCCAGAGGAUGUGUCCUUUCGUCCGUGCUGUCCUUUCAGGUACCGUGAGGGCCGCAUUCCUGACCUGCGAGGGAUCGCGGACACGUGCAUUGGGCCUCUGACGUCACUCCCGCCCCCCCUCAUCACGUAACUGAGAAGAGAUGCAGAUGCAGAAGCAGGCCUUGUGUUCGUUGCUUGUCUUCAGUGAUCAGUCGGCUCGGCGCCGGUCUUCUGCGGUGGCGAGUGCGGUCAGCUCGUCAGUCGUCUUGAGCAGGAGGAGCAGCGCCGCCGUGGGCGGCAUGACCAAACAAAUCAGCUUCAACCUCCAAAAAGGGGCAGCUGGUAUGAGACACAUACGUCUCUCGAGCAUCCUCUCUAUUCGAUUGUAUGAGCGUCUCUUCUCUGCAGCCGAGUCGCCCACGAGCAAGCGCAUCAGCCUUAGCCGGCUCAACAGCGGCACACUGGCCCGAUUGAACCUGCUCAGGCAGUACGCCAACCAGCCGUCGGGCAGCCAGUUUCUGAUGCAGGCACUGGACGAGAUGAAAGCAGAGGAGCAGGAGGGGGAGGAGGCGGAAGCCUCAAGUGAAGAAACAGAGGCCAAGAAACCUGCAGCAGUGAAGACAGAGGACACAGCAGCCGGUGGGCAGCCUGCCGAGCUAGACGAGACGUGGAAGGCCAAGCCGGCAGACACGGUAAGCUGAUAGCAACAAACGUGCAUCCAAUUUCUCUCUGUCGUCCUGCAUCCGUGAAUGCAGGUCCGCAGCCCGAGUCGCUUUACUCGCCCCUCCCCUCCCUCUCUGCCGCUCACCCAGCGAUCCCUCAGACACACGCCGAUGUCCUCACCCACAUCACGGCAGACCUCCCCCCGGCCGCCACUCGAGGGCCCAACGUCCAUCCACACCGAUGAGGGCUCAGCCGCGGGCUCCGCGCAGCACGACGAAAGCGCGACUGAGAGGUCUGUGUCUCCAAUCAUGGCCACUCAAAACAGGCCGGGCCGGCUGAGCGCUAGUGUGGUGCUUAUCCCUUCACCGAAGAGGCAGCCCGCGGCGGCGAGGGCAAGGGAGAAGAGAAGAAGGACGACCGCGGCGGCGAAAAAGGCGUCUCCCAAGAGGCCCCCGAAGAGCCCGACGUAUCAGUCUCUCUGCGAACAGGCCCUCAUAGCCCUGUCUCAGCAUCCAUCCCAGUCACCCGUCGUGCCCCGGGCGGACAUCUUCAGCACAAGGCCACACUCAGAGUACCGGGACAAAAGGAGCCCCUCGACAAUAAGACCGCCGCCUCCGAAGAAUGAGACGGUCGCCCUGUACAACUUCCAGUACCGAGAUGCGUUUCGGCUGAUGGACGAGAGGAAGAGUCUGAGGGGCAACCUGACAUUCAGAUAGCGAGACACAUAGUUGGUUGCGGUCGUUUUGCGUGUACCUGCUCGCUGGGAGGUGGCUGUAUGUGUGCAUGGUGCAUUAAUACAUGCAUUUGUACGUGCAUAUAUUCGUGUUAUAGCAGCAGCGACAGAUGUCCUCUUUUGACAGCCAUGGUUGACUCAUUUCUGUGUGAAUGCAAUUCAGCG